CCCAAAGUGAAAGUAGGAAUCAUGGAAUUGUGAUUGAAAAAUACACUUGAAGAAAAUCUCUUCGUAUGCCUAAUAUGCCAUUCCUCUGCAAUACAUGCAAUGUCUCCCUGAAUUCUCAAGAGCAGCUGGCCCAACACCAGUCUGGAAGUAAACAUCUCAAGAAACUUAAAGCAGCAGGGAUAGCUGCCACUGUAGUAUCAAGGCCAGGGUUUUCAUCUUCAGCAACAACCACAGGGAAGAAAACAUAUGGAAACUUUGUGGCUUCUGAUACCUUAAUGCCCCUCACGGCUCAAUUAAUAACACCUCCCAAAAGUCUAGGUGUAUCAACGACAUCGGUAACAAAUAUUGAGGUUGUGCCCCCUCCACCACCACCACCACCACCACAACCCAAACAGGCAACAACACCUUUUAUCAGUGCCACCUUAGUCAACAAAGUUAACCCCCCACCACCACCCCCUCCACAACCGACUGUGAAACAGCAACCACGAGCUCCUAGGGUCAAUCCUGUUGUACAGGCUGUGGUUGAUAAUGCAUUAGGCAAACUACCACUGAAGAGAAAGGCAUAUGAUGGACACUGUGAGAUAUGUAAAGUGAUUUACACAUCAGAAAGCCAUGAAAAACAACAUCUGAUGGGAAGUAAACAUGCCAAGAAAGCCAAAAUUGCUGCAGCAGCUCAGGGAAAUAUCCCGUUGGCAGCUUUUACUGGGUUUAACUGUACGUAUUGUAAUGUGGUCCUGAAUUCACUGGAACAACUGACAGCUCAUAGAGAAGGACAAAAACAUAAACAGACAGUGUUAAAAUUACAAAAACAAGGAAAAGUCCAAGAAGAAUGUAAAGAUGUUACAGUUGUUAAAGUGUAACAGUUACUGUAAUGUUUUACUUUACUAGAUGUGUUUAAGUGUAACAGUUACUGCAAUAUGUUUACUUUACUAUAUGUAAAAGUGUAACAAUUACUGUAAUAGUUUACUUUACUAUGUGUGCAGUAUUUAGGACAUUUUACUGAAUAUGACUCCUUUGGUAUCAAUAGUUAGCAAGAUGUUAAUAUGUGUUUGUUAUGAUUGUAAUCAUUUAUGUGCUUAGUAUAAAUGAAAUAUUCAUGGAAAAUAAAUUUAUGACGAUGACUUGAUUUGAUCAAG